UGGGAAAAACUGGUCUCGGCACUAUUGAUUCUCCACAGCAACCAAGCAAAUAAAGCUGCCUUGUUGUUCUUUUACAGCUGUUCACUUCCCCGUGUCCCGGGUAACCCCGAGAGUGGGUCACGAGAGAAAAAACUGUCCCCUUACCCGAAAAAGUUCCCCCAUAUCAUUUUAGUCACACUGCAGAAGGCAGAUAUCUCGUCGCAAUCGUAGAAAUGGAAAAUCGCAGACAGAAACCACAAAGGCACCCCUCUACAAAAUUGGAGAGACUCAAAAAAUGGUCUAAGUAUUAUCAGUAUAGAAAUUCAAAAAAAGAAAUGGUGUAGAAGAACUGUAAUUCAAGCUCGAUAACCCUGAUAAACCAACGAUUAGACGAGACCAACGAUUGGCUGAAGUACUUGCUUCAAGAGAAUAAAGCAACAAUUGGUAACACUUGACAAGAUGGAUAACCUACAAAAAGUGGACACUGACGAGUCACCGGUGGACGACAAACAGGUGUACAACCGGUAUACCACGCAUAAUAACUAUGCGGGUAGCAAGACGAUCGAAAAGCGCCUUACUGAGCGCAUGACUGGAGAAACCGCACCGCUUGUUAAGGGCUCCCACCACCACAUUGCAUUCUGCACUUCCAUCAUCCUUGAUUUUUUCUAUGAAGAUGAGGAUGAAAAUAAUACGUCAAGAAGAACAAGAAGGGAUCUGCAGAAUGCAAAAACGCUGCAACCUCGUCUAAGCUUGAUCAUCUUGGUAGUGAAGCGCAUAUUAAUCGUCCGUCCCAUCCAAACUACGAUCCAAGAGGUGGUCUAGGACUGCUGGAGGACGACGGCGAAGCUCACGGUGAUGACGUGGUACAUCUGGACGAUGAUGCGGUUCCAAGCUUUGCCCCUGGCUCCAAUCAGCACACAGAUGCAGUGCCACCACACUCCGCUGAAAGCACUGGAGAUUUGCCACAUCUUAUGGUGCAUGUUGAUGAUUUAGAUUUUAUUAUUUAGCAAAUCAAUCUUCUAGUAGUUGUUGUUCCAGUUUUUAUUUAGCGGUUCUUCUUUUUUAGCAAUGAAAAUGAAUUUCAUGUUGUAACUAGUAGCUCUUGGUCAUAGACUCAUGCAGCGUAGACGCUGUUUCCGAAGCACAGAAUACAGACGUCAUCUGUGCUUGUUCUAGUUUUCCCUCUAACUCUCCCACCGCUGUGGAGGAUAUGAUCAACGCUCAUGCGUACGAUCUAGCGCGUGAUGACCACAUUCUACGUGCUCACAACGUCCCUUCCGGUCGUCGUGGAAGUGCUGGCAGUACGCGCCUGAGCGCAGGAGCGCUGACAAAAGAUGAACACGCAGGGCAUGAAGAACGCGCGGACCUGCUGGAAGGUGCAAAUGCGAUCGGACCGCAUCAUUUAAGACGUCUGCUAUCUACUUGAAUCUUGAAGAUUUUUUCAACUAAGUAUAGAAGUACAUUUCUAUCCAUUGAAGAUUUAACUCAGUACAAAAAAUUUAAGUACAAACAUUUCUAUCCAUCGAUUUCAUUUAUAAUAGGGUCUUCAAGAACAUCAACAUGUCUUCUUCUAGUUCUAAUCCUCGAGAUCGAUAACACGGGACUCCAGGAGCGCGAACGACACAGGUACCUAGCGGCACCAAAGAUGAUAGAGGAGAGGCUGGUUCAAGAGACGCUGAAGAUGGAGACGAGACAUGUGGAGGAAACUAAAGUGAAAAUGGUUACUGAGACGAAUAAAAAGAAAGUGGUACUUACUAACUUCUAUCUGAGUACAGAUAGUACGAGGGUAGCUACAUUAACAGAAAGUUAAGUAUAAUUUUCUCUCGACGAGGAGUUGUAGUCUUAUCGUGCUGAUCAGAACUACGAUAAAAAUAUUCACUCCUGCUGAUCUUCAACUUCAACAUUCCACCUCAAAAUCAGACCGGCGUGAAACCGUACCGCGUAGUCGAGCGCGUUGUUGAAGUGCCACAGGUGGUUGUUAAGGAGAAGACGAAGAUUGUGAGGCAGCCUAAGAUAGAGGAGCGGGUGAUCGAAAAGCCCAAGAUCCAAAUAGUGGAGAAAAUAGUGGAGGUGCCGACCGUUAAGGAAGUCGUGAAAGAAGUGGUGGUGCCGAAGUUACGAAAUGUGAGUGAAAGUUUGUUGAAUGCCGAUAUAGUUUUUCCUCCAAUUAUAGAGUCUUGAACGUGCUCAACAAGAUAAGAUCAAGGGUCAUUGGCACAACCGUCUAUACAUACAUCCAAUUUUAGACUUCUUUUGCCGGAACCAUUUAGUACAUCUUCUCUUCGUAAAAACGAAGAGCUCGACCGAUCAUGAUCUUUGAUUCGUUGCUUCUAAUCCAAGUGGUCUUCGAAGAAAGGAAAGUUUCUGUGCCGAAAUACGUCUAUGAAGACCGCUAUAUCGAGGUUCCGCGCAUAAUCUACAACGAAAAGGUGAGCUAUGAAGACCGGAUCGAAUACAGAGAGGUGAUCGUGGACAAGGUUAAGGAGGAAAUAGUGAAGGAGAAGCGCAUCGUCAAAAAGAGAGUGGAGCAGUUGGUUCCAGUGUAUCUGGUGAAUCACAAAGGCGAAAUUAGCGGUCUAUCAGACCCACCGGCUCCGGGGAAAGCUGGAGGAGGGAAGGGAGGAAAGGGAAGUGGAAAAGGCGUAGAUGGUAAGGGCGGAAAGAACGGUCAAGGUGGGCGUAGAGGCCAAGGAGGCGCGGGAAAUGAGGACGAGGAUGACGAGGGAGAGGAUGAUCAUGUACUCGAAUACUCAGAAUAAGCGAGUUUGUGACUGUGAAAUAAGAGAGUCUUGACUACAUUCCUCUUCUUUCCCUUAUUUUAAGUUUUUUCGUUUCAGUAUCUCCGUUAUCUUGAGUAGUAAGUUACUCGCUUAUUUCAGUUUUUCGAGUACAUCUUUCUCUUUCACCGUCUCACCUGAAUACCUCUAAACACGUCGGUUUCUCUCCUGUUAGAAGAUUCCCCUUGAUCCUACACUCACCUCAGAUCCGCACAACCGAAACCCAAGAAGUCACACGCGUCGCUGAGCACAAUCGAGUGGAAUUUCACGACGUGCCGGUUGUUAAGAAAAUACCAGUCCCGACAUACCGCGUCGUCUAUCCUGACGGUCGAAAAAGGAUUGCGAAGAGGGUACCUGGUUACCCCAUGCUCCCCAUGCCGCAUGGCUACGCGCGAGACGUGCUGGGGAUGAAGGUACAAGAUGAACAACUCGCUUCUAUUGUAUUGAUACGUGGAAGGUGAGCUUUGAUUCUGAUUCGAAGUGUCAGCUACAACAUGAAGCAAGUGUGAUGUAUUUCUCCCAUGACAUCACAUUGACAGCUUUCCGCACCCGAAGCCUCUAGGAAAGGCGAGGGAGAAGCAGACGACGGUCCCACCAUGCAUCGCGGACAAGAAACAGUGCGUUUGUUAUGCUUGGGAUUGUCUGAUCUUUCUUCGCUGGAGUAAUUUCCUUCAUGAUGCUUUUGUGGAGUAUGUAUCAUCAAGGUGAUCGUUCUGCUCCUUCAUGACUGAAAUGAGGAACAAUGUCUUCCAGUAGACUCAUGCUCAACGAGUUUUCGAGACGAAGAUUUCCGUCCUCGAUCGCAAUGAAUGCCUCAUCUAAUCCGCGGCGUAUCUGCAGCCUUGCAUGAUACACACCAGCCACCGCCAGUGAUCCAGCAUAGCUGUCAUCAUUGUGGGUCUACGAGAGAGGGCACGAGUUUACGAGAAUCCUUACAUGCAGAGUUUGCUGCUGGUGGAGUGCGGGGUGGACAUUAAGACUCAUGUUGUGAAGCCUCAAGCUCCUUCAACAAGUGAGUCAUCUACAAGACUGAAACAAAGGGAUCAAAUAUGACAACGAUGCAGUAUCAAAAAAUUGAGAUUGAUGAUUCACAUGUCAAAUUUACUGGACUACUUCUAACCAAGAACGGCCAACGGCCCACCUAUGCCACCUGGCUAUCGUUUAUCUUCCUUCGAAGCAGGCGCUCGCUCUAGCUUUAUCGAUCCAGCAAAUUAUGUCGAUGAUCCGCAUGAUGUGCAGAAGGGAGGCGACGCCCAUCUGAAGCGGGAUUACAACUCGAUUCAUCCUUAUAUAAGGCAUGGUAGUCAGAUGGAAGGACUAGCUGCAGUGCCAGAAGAGAGCAGUCCACUGGAUUCGCUGGUUCCUGGUUCUGGUGCGGGGACACUUCCAGGAGGUCAAGGUGGUCAAGGAGGCAACUACACCUUCGGAAGGGGAACAGUUUCCACGACAAGUCAAAAUGUUGGUGCUCCAACUGGUGGUCCUUCAUCUGCAGGUCGUGGUAGAGCUAGUACAGGUGCUCUAGGUGGCGCAGGAGGUCCUCCGAUGAUGUAUUAUCCUGAGCCAGCUGAAUCUUCGAUAACAAGAGGACUACCAUUCCAACCAUUAGAUGAAAGGCUUCAGGAUGGAAUCAUUAUACAAGAGAAGGAAACGUCUUCUGUGAAGGUGAACCAUCAUGGUGAAGGAGCGCGAUUCAUCUCGCGGAUACAGCAAGAUCCAGAGGUGGAAAAGCGGAAUUUGCGGAUUUUGGCCGAAGCAGAAGAUGUCAUAUUCGGAACGCCUCCAAAACAAGUGCGGUUCUCAGAGGACUGCUCAGUCAACGACAUCGAGUUCGAUGAGCGGCCACUAGACAUCAGUUAUCCAAGAAUGCAACCGCUGAACCUUCAGGGGAUGACGGGACGGCUAAGUGGAAGACCACAGCAAGCUCAACCUCCAGCUGCUCCACAUCACUUUUAUUCAUCCGGAUAUCAACGUAGCAGUAGUACAAGCACAACUUCUUCAGCCCGCAUGAUCCAACCUCCUCCGCCAGCUGCUCUACCUCAACAACCCUUUCUCUUCUACCCUGCAGAAGACAACGACGAGGAAGAGGAGGAAUCCUAUACCGAAGGUCGUGCGAACUUAGAGGAACAACACUUAAGUAGGCUCAAAAUAAUUCUUAUUCAUUUCCAAGCAUUCUUCACUUUCCUCUCUUUCGGUUUCCUUCGUGGGAAUCUAAAGAAAUUGAAAUUAAUGAGAGCUGAGCACUCACCGGAGGCGUUGCACAGGGCUCCGUCCUGCCUGCGAAGGUGAGGCCUAUGUAUGGGGCUGACAGGACGACGAUAGCGCCGGCGCUUAAUUAGUUUUAGCAGAUUGGGGCAUACUUGGUGAUAAUUCCCCUUUUCUCUUGUCUAUCUUCCUCUGGUCUUUCUUUUUUCUACUUAGGUCUGCUCCACCACAAUUAAUGACUUCUUUUGAGCUCUAAAACAAGCAGUUCUUGCCGAAGCAGCAUGGGCAGCUGGAGCUUCUGAGGAAGAUGAUGAGGACGAUGGCUAUCAAGAUCCAAUGGCAGCGGCAAUUUUCGCAAGGGGGCAUGGACCAAGGAGGCAACAAAAGAAUGCUGUACUGAGAAACGCUGCAAGAUCACUGCAGGCUUACAGAUUAUGAUCUGCCAUGAUGGUUGAAAAAUUGGCUUACAGUUUAUGAUAUGCCAUGAUGGUUGAAAAAUUGUCUUGUAGUACUUACUAGUUUUCUAGUCCUCUCGAUUAUUGAGUUUUCUUCGGUCAGGGUUUUUUUUCCGUUUUCUUUAUUUUCUCGCCCACUACCUCGAUCAAAAAUGCUCUACAUCGACUGGUUAACAGCAUUUCUCUAAGAACCGGAGGCGGUCUGA